AAACAACUCAUCUUGUGUUCUUCUGUUUCUUCUUCAGCUGCCAGUGUCGCAACGCAAGAGAGGAGGGUGACAAUGGCGGAAGAAGCCGUUCUGGGUUACCUACAAAACAACGACGAGAUUAGAGAUUCCGGCGAGUUUGCAGCUGAACGCGGCAUCGACCACAAUGAGAUAGUGAACAUCAUCAAGAGCCUCCAUGGUUUCCGAUACGUCGAUGCUGAAGAAAUUAAGCGUGAGUCAUGGAUGCUCACUGAUGAGGGGAAGACGUAUGCUACUGUGGGAUCCCCUGAAAUGCAGCUCAUGUUGGCAAUUCCACCCGAGGGUAUCUCAAAAGAUGAACUUCAGAAAAAGCUGGAUCCCUCGACUUUCAAGAUAGCUUGUGCUCAGGCUGCAAAGAACAAAUGGGUUGAGAUGGGAAAACAACUCAUAACUAGGAAGGUCGAGCACGUGGAUGACAGGGUUAAAGACCUCCUUCUUCAAGUUCAGCAGGGACAGGGCAUUGGCUCAGAUGAUAUCAAAGCACUCAAAGCAAGAAAGCUUAUUGUUCCACAGACAUGGAAAGGUUACUCGGUUAAAAAAGGUCCUAAUUAUGCUCCAAAAAGAAAGAAGGUUGUCACAGAUUUGACGCGAGAUAAUUUUCAGAGUGGUGAGUGGAAGGCGUUAGAGUUCAAAGAGUACAAUUACAGCGCUAAAGGUCAGCCUCUAGAGGGUGGCCAUCUUCAUCCAUUGCUGAAGGUACGGGCUCAACUGAAACAAAUUUUCCUCUGCAUGGGGUUUGAGGAGAUGCCGACAAAUAAUUUUGUUGAGAGCAGCUUCUGGAACUUUGAUGCCUUGUUCCAGCCCCAGCAACACCCAGCCCGCGAUUCGCAUGACACAUUUUUUUUGGAAGCUCCUUCAACAACACAGGAACUUCCUGAGGAUUAUGUUCAGCGCGUAAAGCAAGUUCAUGAAUCUGGUGGUUAUGGGUCUAAGGGUUAUGCAUAUAAAUGGAAAAGAGAGGAAGCAAAUAAAAACCUCCUGCGGACCCACACAACUGCUGUUUCUUCCAGGAUGCUUUACCAGCUGGCACAGAAACCAUUUUCUCCAAAAAAAUAUUUCUCUAUAGAUCGUGUAUUCAGAAAUGAAGCAGUUGAUCGAACACAUCUUGCUGAGUUUCACCAGAUAGAAGGCCUUGUAUGCGAUAGAGGACUCACACUGUGUGACUUAAUAGGAGUUCUACAUGAUUUUUUCAAACGCAUGGGCAUGACAAAGCUGAAGUUCAAACCUGCUUACAAUCCAUAUACCGAACCUAGCAUGGAGAUUUUCAGUUAUCAUGAAGGCUUUAAGAAAUGGGUAGAGGUUGGAAACUCUGGCAUGUUUAGACCUGAAAUGUUGCAACCAAUGGGACUUCCUGAAGAUGUCCAAGUUAUUGCAUGGGGCCUUUCCCUUGAAAGGCCAACAAUGAUUCUGUAUGGGAUAGAUAACAUCAGGGAUCUCUUUGGACACAAGGUGGAUCUUGGCCUUAUGAAGAAAAAUCCAAUAUGUCGUCUUGGAAUUGACUAAAAUGAUUCAUUCAUGUCUAUCAUUUAUAAAUUUUUGGCUCUUAAGAUAAACUAGUGGACUAGUUCAAUUUCUGUAUGAAGAAUUUUGAUAUGUAACAAGAAAAAAAGAGGUUCCUUGUGGUAAUAGCAUUUUUUUUACUGUUGAAUUAUGAUAUAACCUACAGGAUAAACCUGUCAAAUUGUGAUAAGCCUCCAUUUUUUUUUCC